UAGUUUUCAUUUUAAGUAAAAUAUUAUUAACAUAUAAAACACUGUCAACCUUUUUUCUCUUUUGUUUGUUGCAUAUCAAAUAAUCCGAUAGAAUCUACUAGUGUAACACAGUCCACAAGUUUUAAUGUUACCGUUUGGUAUACUACAAUGAGGUAAAGAAAACAAAAGUAGGCCAAGGUUGAGUGACAAGGUGACCAACUCUUUCUCUCUCUUCAUGAUGAUGAUUUUGAGCUGAUAACUAAAGAAAAACACAAAAGGUAGUAAGAGAAAAUAGGAGAAAAGAAAAAGUUUCAAAAAUUUUCAUCCCAUACCAACUAGACAGACCCAGAUCCAAAGUUGCAGACUUUUCAACAAUUUCAAAGUAGUUUUGCCCACAAAAAGGAUUAGAAGACUAAUACUUUUCUCAAACACACCAAACCACCCAUUAUGAAAAGAAAGUAUAUUUUUUUCUAUGUUGUUAGUUGAGUGGAAACAGAGGAUAGACUCCGAGGAAAAGAAGAAAAAAUUAACAAAGGAGCGUUUUUUUUUUCUUCUCUGGCUGCUUCUCUCUCUCUCUCUCCCUCAAACAUCUGGAAGAAGAGAAAGCUUACUCAUAAAUCUCUAGAAUCAGAGGUAAAUGAGUUUUGCCUCUGAAGCUGUAGUUCAUCCCAGGUGAGACACAAAAGCAAGUAUGCUUACAAAAUCUUAGCCAACAAUCUUUGUAAGGAAAGUAAUGUUUGAGACAAAUGGGGAAGAAAGGAAGUUGGUUUUCUGCAAUCAAAAGGGUUUUUACUCCACAUUCCAAAGAGAAGCUAGGCAAUGAAGGAGAGAGAAAGAAUGUAAAAGAGAAGAGGAAGAAAGGUUUUGGGAAGCUAAGGCGUGGAGAGCCUAGUAGCAUUGAGAAGAUCUUUGGCGAGGCUGAGAGAGACCACAAUCUUUUCUUCAGGCCUUCUACUCCUCCUCCUGAUCCUGACCGAUCAAAUCCACCCUCAUACUCUCCUCCUCCUCCUCUCAGGCCUGCUUCUCCUCAGCUUCCUUCUCCAAAGCCUCAUCCUCCUCCUAGAGCAGACCUUCCAAGAUUGGAUCCUCCAAGGCCUCCUGAUCUAUCAGCGUCCUCAUCAGCCUCUGCCAGUGCUCCUCCUCCUCCUCUGAAGCCUGCUUCUACUCGAGUUCCUUCUCAGAGAAUUAACCCUCCCAUUGUUCCUUCUCCAAGACCAACUUCACCAAGAGUUGUCUCCCAACAAGCAGUCCCUCAAAAGCUGCCUUCUCCAAGAGCAGACUCACUGAGAUUGAAUAAUCCAAGACCAUCUUCACCAAAGCCUCCUUCUCCAAGAGCAGACUCACCACGGUUGAAUACUCCUAGACCUCCUUCUCCAGGAGCAGAACCACCUACACUGGAUGCACCAAGGCCCAUAACGCCUAGGCCUCCUUCUCCCAGACCCGUUUCACCUAGGCCUGUGCAGCGAAGGGAGAUUGUCCCUAGACCAGAACCAACUCUCUUGGUCCAACAUGCUUCUGCAACAAAGAUCCAAGCAGCUUUCAGAGCCUACAUGGCAAGGAGGAGUUUCAGAGCUCUCAAAGGACUAGUCAGGCUUCAAGGCGUGGUGAGAGGACACAGCGUGAAACGCCAGACAAUAAACGCAAUGAAGUACAUGCAGCAACUGGUCCGUGUUCAGUCCCAGAUUCAGUCACGCCGCAUCAAAACGUUGGAAAACAAAGCGCAGGCUGAGAGAGACGAAGCUAAAUGGGCUGCUGCAUCAGACGCUGGUAAUGGUAACUGGGACGACAGUGUGCUGACAAAAGAAGAAAGGGAUGCAAGAUCUCAGAGGAAGACCGAUGCAGUCAUCAAGAGGGAACGAUCUAUGGCCUAUGCUUAUUCCCACAAGUUGUGGAAGAACAGUCCCAAGUCUGCAGCUUCUACAGGUGGGCUCCCUCUAUGGUGGAACUGGAUGGACUGGCAGCUUCCUCUAGCUAGUCCUGCACCGAGCUACAGAGACUACAGGCUAACACCAACAAGACUGAGCCCAAGCCCUCUCUCUCACCAUUUCAGGCAUGACAGCAACUUCGACACUUCCACACCAAAAUCGUCUAGGUCUACACUUCUCACCCCAUCAAGACCCAUCCGCACAGGCACAUCAAGAUACUCUAGAGGGAGAGGGCAAGAUUCUCCUUUCACAGACAAUGACAGCCUCACAAGCUGCCCUCCUUUCCCUAGCUACAUGGCUCCAACGGUCUCCGCCAGGGCCAAGGUUAGACCAAGCAGCAAUCCGAAGGAGAGAGUGAUGGGUACACCGUCGUCGGUUAGUAGCGAGAGGAGGAGAAUGUCUUAUCCACCGACACAGCAAGGUAUGGAUACGUUUAGAUGGAACAAAGGAUCAUUGGUCAUGAGCAACAGCAGUGGCCAGAGAGGUGGUGGUGGUCCUAGUUCACCUGGAGGUGUGGUUCUUGAGAAGCACAAGACACUUAAAUCAGUAGGGAAUUUGAGUAUUGGUUCUUCUACUGUCUCGAUGGCAGAUGGUAGGAAGCGGUUUAACAGAUAUGUGUGAUUUCAUUUUGAUUGAAACUUUUUUUUUUGUAUGUUACUUUGGCUUCAUUUUGUGGGUUGUGUUGAUUUUGAGUGAUGUUGUAGUGUGGAUUAUGAAUGUAACAUAAUAAAAUGAAAAACAAUGACAAAGGAUUUGGUUUGACUA